UAAACACACACACAUAUUUCAUAAAAAGAAACAUUUUUCUAUAUAUUGGCUACCUCAAGUAUAAAGAGCAUUCCAAUGGCGAUCCCAAGUUUCUCCAUGUGUCACAAGCCCGAGCUCCUCAAGGAAGGCAAAAGCAAAGGCCAAGAAGAUGAAGGGCUAAGCUACGAGUUCCAAGAGAUGUUGGACUCUCUUCCUAAAGAGAGAGGUUGGAGAACUCGUUACCUUUAUCUAUUCCAAGGGUUUUGGUGCCAAGCUAAGGAGAUUCAAGCUAUCAUGUCUUUCCAAAAGCAUUUCCAGUCCCUUCCAAACGACGUCGUUCUCGCCACCAUACCUAAAUCCGGUACAACCUGGUUAAAAGCUUUGACUUUCACCAUCCUUAACCGUCACCGGUUUGAUCCGGUUUCCUCGGGUACCAACCACCCUCUUCUCACAUCCAACCCUCAUGACCUCGUACCUUUCUUCGAGUACAAGCUUUACGCCAACGGAGAUGUUCCCAAUCUCUCGAGUCUAGCCAGUCCAAGAACAUUCGCAACCCACGUACCGUUCGGUUCCCUUAUGGAUUCGAUCGAGAAACCCGGUGUGAAGGUCGUGUACUUAUGCCGGAAUCCGUUUGACACGUUCAUUUCUUCGUGGCAUUACAUCAACAACAUCAAAUCUGAGUCAGUGAGCCCAGUCUUGCUCGACGAAGCUUUUGAUCUGUAUUGCCGUGGAGUGAUCGGGUUUGGCCCGUUUUGGGAACACAUGUUGGGAUACUGGAGAGAGAGCUUGAAGAGGCCAGAGAAAGUCAUAUUUUUAAAGUACGAGGAUCUCAAAGAAGACAUCGACACCAACUUGAAGAAGCUUGCAUGUUUCUUAGGACUUCCUUUCACCGAAGAAGAGGAACGAAAGGGAGUUGUGAAAGCUAUCGCUGAUCUGUGUAGCUUCGAGAAUCUGAAGAAGUUGGAGGUGAACAAGUCAAACAAGUCGAUCAAGAACUUUGAGAAUCGAUUCUUGUUUAGGAAAGGAGAAGUGAGAGAUUGGGUUAACUAUUUGUCGCCUUCACAAGUGGAACGCUUGUCGGCCUUAGUGGAUGACAAGUUAGGUGGAUCUGGUCUCACUUUCAGGUUGAGCUAAAAUAUAAGGCCACGUGCCCACAUUUGUACUCUUGUUUUGAGAGCCUAUAAGUUAAGUUGAAGGCAGUUGUAUUGUUGUUACAGAUAGACAAUGAAGCAACGUAACGUCCACAAUUAAGUUAAUUUGUCGUUUCUAUAUAUUUUUGGCAACAUCGAAGUUUGUCGAGUUUCUAUUUUAUUAAAUAUCGUUUGUGUUUGCCAUUAUGUUCUAUCUGUACUAGAGUAUUAUCGUUCAUGUGUGUAGCUAAAUGUAUUGACAAAUUAUAAAUGUAUACAAUAUUU